UUGGGGCUUCAUUCACCAUUUUGCGACUGUAGUGUAGAAUGUACAGGGCAGUAGUUUUACCUCCUUUUAAGUUGCUUUGCCGGAGAAACAUGAACGGACGCUAAUUGGCAGCUGCGGACGACCGGCCACCCUGCCCUAUUUCACCCGGCGGACUCAACUGAAAAUCACACUGGGGUACUAUACUAGCUCUGAGUCUCUGGAAUAAGGUGGGCAAGUGCCGAAGUCGCACAACGAAGACAAGACAGGAUGAGAGAGAGAAGCCCUGGCAGAGGAGGAAAAUAGAGAGAAUAGAAAGGAGGGGGAAGAAGAAAAAUAAGAGGUAGAGCAAGAGAGGAACGCCAAAGAGAAUCUCUGGGAUAAAUAAAUAACAAGACUUGUUUGGAGAAAAGGCAAGCUAGAUGAAAAGAUGAAGCCGAUAAAAAAGCAGCGGCGCUCUCCUCCCUCCACCCGGGCCAAAGGGGGGAAGCGUCGCGGAGCGGGGGAUGCCCCAGAAGGAGGGGAGAAGAGAGACUCAGAUGAGAACAGAGACAGAAGCAGAUCUCCACAAAACCGAACACCCUCCUCUUCAUUUUCUUCUAAUUCACAUUCAGAGUCCUCCCAGAUGGAACCAAUCAGAGCGCGGGACACUUCAGAGGUGGAGGGGCUUCACAGAGAAGGGCUGUCAGAAAGGACGGUAUCACUUGUGAUGGAUUCUGGGAAAUUUUUGACAGCGUCGGAUGAUAGACCAGGGAGGUUAGCAGUGAGCGGCAGCAGCCACAGUGACAGUGGUGGUAGCAGUUGUAGUAACAGUAGUACACCAAGCGCCAACAACAGCCCAAACCCCGCCUCCAGCCGAAAAACAGCCACCUUCAAGGCCCGUGUUCCCAAAAAGAAGUACACCUCUGAACACUGCAUGUCUGCUACUGGUAACCAUAGCAAUCCUUCCUCCAGCACGCCCCCUCCUCUACCUCUUAGUGGUGGGGUCAUCAACCACGGGUCAACAGGUUCAGGAAGUGACAUCUAUGUCUCGCACCCUGAUGGCAACAGUCAGAGCAGGAGCCUGAUGGGCGACUUCCACAGCAGGACCACUGGCAGGGAAGGGCCUCAGAAUGGCUCCUCAGGACCCCCUACCCUGUCGUUGGGAGGGGACAGGGAAAGGCCUGGAGGGGGUGAAGGGGUGAGAGACGCAGAGGGAGUGUUGCCCAGUCCCCUGCCCCGCUGCUCCUCAACGGACACCGCCAGCGAGCACUCAGCUGACCUAGAGGUAGUCGGCGACCCUCACGCCCUCACACAGAUGUCUACGCACGCACCGCCCAGUCUCCCCGAUGCGCUGUCUGACGCCCUCGCCAAAGGGCUGAAGAAUCAGCGUGUCCUCGCCCGCCAGCUCAGGAGAAGAAGUGACGAGGAGGGAGGGGGCGAAAGGAGGGACGAAGGGGGGAUUUCAGAGUUGGUGUUCCGGGCUGGAGUCGUCCGCAAGGUCAGCGGUGACUUUGGGAGCCUGGAGGUGCAGCUGAACGGUGAGAAGACACUGUGCCGUUACCCGUAUCGACAUGACAGCCCCCCAGGGGUGGUGGACAUUAUCCUAGAUGCCCCGCCGCCUGGUGUCCAUCCAAUAGCUAUUGGCACCCGUGUCUGCGUACCUUUUGGCAAUGAGGAGGGCAGCGAAGGCCAGUGGUAUCGACAAGGUGUGGUGACCCAGGUGGACACACACCCUGCUGUGGCCAACCGCUACCGUGUCCUCCUGUCUGAGGAAAGACAGGGCGUGGACGAGGAAGAGGAUGGCAGAGGGACAGCUGCUGGUACCCAGGCGGUGUGGGUCUCCCGACAAACACUCCGGCUUCUGUUGCCACCUUGGGACCUGGAUCUGCCGCCCGGAGGAGGACGAGAUGGAGACGAGGGAGUGAGAGACAAGGAAAGGGAGCGGGAGGACAGGGAGGAGAUAGACGUGGAGCAGGAGGUGUGUCGUUUGAGCUGCGGGAUGACACCCGGCGUGGGGACAGUGUUGGGGAGAGGAAUCCCCUACCCGGGCAUGGUUCCUGUUUCCUCCACAUCAGGACACAAUAUUACCUCCCCAGUAACACCAGCGUCAGUCCUCAGCCUGGCCCCAGGCCGAGAGUGGGAAAUUGAGAAAGACUUAGAGAGGGAGAGGGACCUCCAGAGAAUACAGGAAAGAGAGAGGGAAAGAGAGCGAGAACGGGAGAACAGUGCAAUGCAGCAACAGCAACAACAGCAACAACAACAGCAGCAGCAGCAGCAACACCACCAGUACAUGCCACUCACCCCCGAAGAGGACAUGGAGGUGUCCCACUUUAAUAUGCUCCCAGUGGGGGCGAUCAUACCUGGGGCAAAACCAAUGGCACUUUCCCAACACCGCCACAUUGUCUCUAAGCCCCCGCCUGGCUACCUCAAUCCCCACCUGUCUGUGGUGCGGGGCAUCGGGAUCUCCGGGAUCCCCCCUACCCACCUGGCCUUGAAGCCCCACCCCCCUCCUUCACCUGUUCUUUUAAGCCUUGACCCAGCAACCGCAGCAGCUGCAGCAGCUGGUGCUGUCAUUACCACCUCUCAGCUCCCUCCUCUCCCUCCCAUCUCCUCUUCGACCGCAUCCUCCUCCAGAGUAGAGAAGGCCCCAGGAGGAGGUUCUUCCAGCGGAGGAGCAGGUGGUGGCGGUGGAUCCGGAUCAGGUUCAACCUCCUCGUCCUCGUCACGUUCCCGCACCCCACUGACAGCUGCCCAGCAGAAGUACAAGAAGGGAGAUGUGGUGUGCACGCCGACAGGCAUCCGUAAGAAGUUCAAUGGGAAGCAGUGGAGGAGGCUGUGCUCCAGGGAGGGCUGCUCUAAAGAGUCCCAGCGCCGAGGAUACUGUUCCAGACACCUCUCAAUGAGGACCAAGGAGAUGGAAGCCAGCGGAGGCAGCCGGGAACGGGGUGGAGCCAGCAGCACGGGGACCCUGACGCCGUCUGACCUCCGACUGAGCGGUGGGAGAGCGAGCUCAGAGUUCGACUGGGACGAGACGUCACGUGAAAGCAGCGAGGCCAGCAGCCGCGGAGGAGACUCCCGCCCCCGCCUGGUCCUUCCCUCUCUGCUGCCCCAGGACCUCUCUCGUUUCGACUUUGAUGAGUGUGAGGCAGCGACCAUGCUGGUGUCCCUGGGCAGUUCCCGCUCAGGCACACCCUCAUACUCCCCUAUCUCCAACCAGUCGCCCUUCUCCCCUACCCCAUCACCCUCACCCUCUCCGCUCUUUGGCUUUCGCCCUGCCAAUUUCAGCCCCAUCACUGCUCCCGCCUCACUCACUCCACGCCGCCAUCGCCAGCUUAGCGGCACUAAGAUGGGUACACCAGGGGUUGAGCGAGAGCGCCACCUGUCGGGGAUCGUGCCCACUUUUCAGACCAAUCUCACUUUCACAGUCCCCAUGAGCCCCAGCAAGAGGAAGCUCGACAAUCACCCGCCCCCUCCACUGCCUGCAAUCCAGGACUACCAGACCAAACCUGAGCAACAGCAGCUGGUGAGCAUAGGGGGAGGAUUGGUGGGAGACCCAAACCUGGGCCACAAUAAUGCCGCCUUCAGAGUCCUCUCCCCCCAGAGCCAGCCCACAACCCCCUCCUCACUUUCCUUCCCCCGGCCUCGUAGCGCCACCAGCAGGCCACCAUCCUCCGCUGCUUCCACGCCUCCACCCAUGCUGGUCUCUCCCACUCCUCCCUCCCCGUUGCCCCAAGAACCCUCCCCACGCCGUAUUGUGCCCUUACGUGAUUCCCCAGUCAUUGUCCGCAACCCAGAUGUCCCUCUGCCCAAGUUCUCUGAUGGUCCGUUAGGGAGGAGAGAGAGGAGCAGGUCCAGAGAGCACAGCCAGCCCCAACACACGGCUCCCCCAGGUCUGCAGGUCCCCGUCCCCAUCAACGGGGCCACCACCAACGGUGCAGUUCUCUUGCGCAACCCCACAUCCACACUUGUCCUGGUCACCUCCAGCUCGUCACUGACCCCAGCCACAGUGGGCCAUGCUGCAUUGUCCAGCCCCUCCAUGGUGCCCACUUCAUCAGGCUCAAUCCUGUCCUCCUCUGGUUCUGGAGGCAGGGAGCGUGAGAGGAAACCUGAGGGACACCAGGAUGCCUCCGGAGGGGGGCUGCCACAGCCAGUAGCCUGUCACCCCACGCCGACUGCCCUGCUGCCGCUCAUACUGCCAGCUGAGUCGCCCCACCCUGCUCCACGCAAGCAAAUCAUCAUGGGACGGCCAGGGACUGUUUGGACCAAUGUGGAGCCUCGGUCGGUGCCAGUGUUCCCUUGGCAUUCACUCGUCCCUUUCCUGGAGCCCAGCCAAUCAGGAGCGGCUGCCCAGCCUGCUGAUGGUCAACAGCUUGUCAAUCAGAGCAAAGAACCUCGUUGCGGUGUGGCCCUGGUGAGCGACGGGCGGACCGGCCCUCCAGACCUAGAGAGGGGAUCGCCGUCAUGCCCUCCCCCGACUAAUGACAAUCCUCCUACAGACAGGGGAGGGGCUGACAGCGAGACAGAGAGCGAUAUAGAUGACCCGUUCUCCCCGGGUGUGGCCAACGAUCCGACGCCCUCCGAUGGCCCCAUGAAAAGACGCACACAGUCCCUCAGCGCCCUGCCCAAGGACGGAGACAGGAAGAGGGAGAAGGACCACAUCCGCCGACCCAUGAAUGCAUUCAUGAUCUUCAGUAAACGCCACCGGGCCCUGGUGCACCAGCGACAUCCCAACCAAGACAACCGGACAGUGAGCAAGAUCCUGGGGGAGUGGUGGUACGCUCUAGGGCCCAACGAGAAGCAGCAGUACCACGAUCUGGCCUUCCAGGUGAAAGAGGCCCACUUCAGAGCGCACCCAGACUGGAAGUGGUGCAACAAGGACCGCAGGAAGUCCCUGUCAGAGGGCCGUGGGAUGCCGAAGGAGCCACGGGAGAGGAGCAUGUCAGAGAGCAUAGAUCCCCAUCCGGAGUCUCAGGUGCUGGAGGGGAAGGGAGGAGGCUCGGGCUGGCCAGGGGGAUCUGAGCGUCGAGGGGGGCUGUUUGUGGGGCAGCACCCCCGUCCCCGAGCCUUUUCCCAGAGUGCCGUGCACACCCUGGAGCAGAGGGAGAGAGAGAGAGACUUGGAGAAGGAGGACAGGGCGGGUUUGUUUCGCCACCGGCCCACACCUCAGUCCCUGUACCAGGGCGGGGCCAGCGAGGACGUGACCAGCGACGAAGAGCGCAUGGUCAUCUGUGAGGAAGAGGGGGACGAUGAUGUCAUGGAGGAUUCCUGUCCUGAAGGCUCCAUUGACCUCAAGUGUAAAGAGAGAGUGACGGACAGCGAUGAGGACGAACCAGAUGGACAGCAUGACUUCCAGCCAAUGACUCGCUCCUCUCUCCCUCCUUCCCCUCCCUCCAUCCCUCACUCCAACUCCACCUCAGCUAAAGGGAACGGAGUAGGAGGGGGUGGUGAAGAGGGGUCUGAGAGGAAGAGAAAGAGAGGUACAGACGGAGGAGAGGAGGGGAGCGAUGGAAGAUCCAAGAGAGAAGAAACAUCAGCAGGUGUAGGAGGAGAAGGUGGAGGAGGUGGUGUCUCCUCUCUGUCCGUCACAGGCUCAACAUCCAGCACCCAGGCUCCCCUCGCUUUGGCCCAGCAGGGUUUGACCCAGGUCGCUGGCGCCGUCCGCGUGGCCCCCACUGUGGUGACCAACGUAGUACAACCCAUCGUCAGCACGCCAGUGGAAGGGGCCGUCACCCUCAGCUCCCUGCCUCAGGACAAGAAAGCCACUCUCCUGAUUGGAGGAGGUGGACCUCAGCAGCUGCCAAUCACCGCAGGGGGUGGGUACCUGUCCUCCUCCUCCUCCUCCCCUGGUCCAGUCAGUGUAACCCCAGUGGGGGGCAGCGGUCUGGUCACUAGCCUAGUUCUGGGAGGGUCCUUUCCCGCUGUCCAACCAGUGCAGCUCCUCACCCCACAGCCGCACGCACAAACCCCCCUACCUGUCCUGCAGCCACAGCUCCACCCCACUGCCGCCAUCUCAUCUCUCACACCUCCCGGCUUCCCCAAGCCGCUAGCGCAGGUCCAGUUCGUCCUGCCUACUGAGAGCCCUUCCUCCCCUCAACUCACCCAGCAGCAAAUUCUCUCCCUGCCCUCCAAUGCCGCCCUGGCCAAUGGCAUGCACUCAGGGGCGGGAAUCAGAGUUGCAUCAGUCAGCCCCGGAACCAGAGUGAGAACAGGGUCUACUCCUCCUCAUCCUUCCAUUUCCCUAGUCACGCCGCCUCUUCCUGUGCAGAACGGCCCCGCAACAGGAAACAAGAUCAUCCAGAUCGCUCCCAUGCCUGUGGUCCAGACCAACGUUCAUCCUAGUGGCGCAGCAGCAGUGCAUCCUGGGAGCCCCUUUCCUGUUUCCGUGGCAACGGUGAUGGCUCCAGGUGUCGCGCCCCCACAGACCGUUCUUCUGACCUCUCCACCCACCAGGAUCACCUAUGUCCAGUCUGGCCCAGGAGUUACCACAGCAACGCCCCAACAGGCCACACCCGCUCCAGGCCCUGCCUAUCUCCCAUCAUCCCUGGCAACCCUGGGCUUCACCGCCAUCACUCCGGCCGGGCAAACCCUGGUUCAGCCGAUUGUUGGUCCACCGCCACUGUUGGCUCCAGCCCCGCCCCUGAGCUGUCAAUCACAGACCCCUCCGGGUCAGGCCUCGGGAACAGCUGGUCGUCAGGUACUAACUGCCAUCUGCCCUGCACCAACCGUUACUCUGCCUACUGGGGUGGUCUCUGUGACAACCUGUGACAACGUGCCACCUGCAGUGGCCGCUCCAGCCCAGGACGCGAUGAACCCUCCCUCUCCGUCGGCGAUGGGGGUGCAGAGUUCAGCAGGGACGACCCCUCAGCCUAACGAGGCGGAGGAGGUGGAGCUGAAGGUGGAGGUGAAGAGGGAGAACCUGACGGAUGGUCAGACUGAGGAAGGAGGACAGGGGUGGUCGAGCUGUGCAGCAAGCUCCUCAUUGGCCACCUGUAUGAUUAAUGUCACAGAAGUUAAAAAAGAGGAGGACAGCGGUCUGUACAUCAAAGAAGAAAACCUCAGAGAUGGAUACAGCAGAGAGAAAGGAAGCGACACGGACAGAGAGCAAGAGAGAGGGAACAAGGAGAACAGUGAAAGAAAGGGAGGCAGAGAGACACACAGAGAGGACCACAGCAUGGGCAACAGCAGCAAAGAGGCUGGACCUCGCACCCCUCCUCCACCACCCUCAGGUUUGGACCCCCCUCCCCCUCCUCCUGCAGAAAGAGAGCCCCCCUCUUCCUCAAAGAAGACCAAGUUCAGACCCCCACCGCUCAAAAAGACACCUGACUCUCUCGAAAAACAGCGGGAGAGUGGUGGGGAAGCCACAGAGAAGAGAAAGCCCUGGCAGAACUCAGCCCUAAGGGUCUUGUCGGAGACGUACUUUGAGGAGCGUUUUGCUGAGCUUCCAGAGUUCAACCCAGAGGAAGUCCUUCCUUCGCCCACUCUGCAGAGUCUGGCCACCUCACCUAGAGCCAUCCUAGGAAGCUACCGCAGGAAGAGACGUAACUCCUCGGAGCUGGAGCUGACAGCAGAAGACCCCAGCUCCCCGAGGAGGAAGACCCGCCGUCUCUCCAGCUGUAGCUCGGAGCCCAAUACCCCUAAGAGCGCCGCCAAGUGUGAGGGAGAAAUCUUCACCUUCGACAGAGCAGGUACAGAAGGAGAGGAUCUUGGAGAUUUGGACCGGGUCCCCUACUCGUCUCUGCGUAGAACUCUGGAUCAGCGGCGGGCCCUGGUCAUGCAGCUGUUUCAGGAACAUGGCUUCUUUCCCUCAGCUCAAGCCACUGCUGCCUUCCAGGCACGCUACUCGGACACCUUCCCCACCAAGGUGUGUCUGCAGCUGAAGAUCCGCGAAGUCCGACAGAAGAUCAUGCAGACGGCCACGCCCGGAACCUUCGAGCCUGGAGUGUUAGGAGGGUUGGCUGAAGCCAACCCUCCUACGUCCCGCAGCUCCUCUUUCAAUCAAUCAGCCCGGGAGGACGGAGGGUCGGAGCAGCAAGGAGACAAAGGCCGGAGCCCCGAGGAGCCAAAAAGCGAAGGCUCAUAAGCUGGAGAGGAUGACAGAGUGGGAAAAUCAAGGAAACGGAAGAGAGAGAGGAGUGUGUCAUCCCCACAGAAUGUUCUUGUAUGUGUUGAACCAGUACUGUGAAUAGCUCCAGAGGAUCUGUUCUACUGGCACUAAUUUCCACCAGACCUGGGCAGAAAUACAUAAAAAUAUGGUCCUAAAUAUUCAAACUACUCAAGGUGCGCUUGAUUUGUCUAAAUAGACUUUCAAAAAAAAAAAAAAGCCUCAAAAGUGGACGAAUCACUUGCAAGUCCUGAUGAGUCAAGUGCUUCUUGUAGUAUUGUGUUCCUUUUUUUUUUCCAAGUAUCUCAAAUAUUUUCUGUUAACACUUUACCCAGGUCUGCUCUCAGCACAUUUGUACAGUAGUUUGUAGUUUGACACACAAACUAUGUGGCACACAGUCAAUAUCUCUCUGGCACACACACACACACACACACACACACACACCCUGGUGCAUAUGUAAUCUCCAGCAUGCACAUGAUCCAACAAUAAACACACAUGCAUACAUACAUAAAUACACACACAAACACACACACCCUUACCAAAUCAGACUGUUACUCUUGGUUGGCAGUCCCCAGGAGCAGCCACCAAGGACCAUGACACACAAAGGCACUUUGUCACUUAUUGUGCAGAUGCAGUUCGCUGUUGCCAGCCAGCCAGCCAGCCCUCAGAUGCCAUUGACUUGACCUCCUUCUCGCCCUUCCACUCCUCAGCACAGUGGUCGGGACACAAACACAACCCCAGCGACCUCCACUGAUAUUCCACAGCCCCUCGAUGCUGCAAGACAGACAGCACACACACACACACACACACACACACACACACACACAUUUACAUUACAUGCACACACACAAACACACGCAGUACAUGGACACAUCUGUGCAGUGUGAGCAUUCGUACAUACACAUAGUCAACCCUGGUCUGACCAAGCCAUUGGCCUGCACAGUUUUUAGUGAUUGUAGUGAGAAGAGAAACUGAAAGCAUGACUCAAUUCGCUCCUGAGAAACAAAAAGAAGGCAGGAGUUGGGAUGUAGUGUGACCAAUCUUUGCACCUUCAGUUAUUGCCAUUAUGAAAGACUAAGUCCUCAUUGGCGGGAGCUGAUUAUAUUUGUCUGUAUGUCCGUUGGGGUCCCCUCCCCAAAACCUGUGCGAACAGGCACCGUAAAGAGAUUAUGUUAAGAGACUAUUGCUUGUGAGGCUUUGAAGAAUCGACGUUAAGUUCGACACUGACCUGCUCCCGACAGAGCACAGAGAAAAGGCAGAAGAAGAACCUGGAUGAUGCUCGUUGGAUGGAAGAUUCAUAUUCCAACUAUAGGAAGACAGAUAAUAAUAGUGAAUAAGGACAACAACAUGACAAGCUUACCAACAGAGAGAAAAAGUAGAAUUUUAACCAAACUUCUCUGAAUCUCCCAGUGGACAUAAUGUUGCUUUCUCUCGUUAUCGUUGCCGUGGAAAUAACCAGUUUUACCGUGGCCUGUUUUUCUCUUGUGGCUCUAUUGUGUUUCUUCUCCAACAUAAAAAAAAAAAAAAAUCACAAAAAAAAAAUAACAAUGGACAAAGAAGGGGACAAAAUCAGUCUGUGCCCCCCCCCCCCACACACACACACACUUUUAAUUGUACCUGGGGCGGUUCUACCCCCCUCCCCCCCCAUUCCCUCCUCUUCGAUUUCUCACCAGACACAGAAGUGGGGGAGCAGGGGCGUUUGUCGUUUUGUAAAAACGUUGAAAUCAGGUGUUUGCACAAUUUGUGCGGCCCUUCUCGCCGCAAGUUAAAUCAGGAAAGUAUUGUUUUUAGAGAUUGUUUUAGUAGAAAAAAAUAAUAACCUUGUUCCGUAUGUUAUCAACCACCUUAUUCCUCCCCCUUUUCCUCCCUGCUUUUCUUUUAACUCUUAUCUCCUCGCUCUUUUCCUCCCUUCUUUACCUUCCUCCUCACCCUCCUCCUCGACCCCUCAAGCGUUGUUAGAAAGUGCCCUUAAGCACUGGUCCCGGGUCAAGCGCUAUGUAGCUCAGGAUGGUUUUGGUUAGUUCAGGGAAAGCAGAUCCUAGACCAGCCCUAGAGGACAGUCUCUGGAGCCCUCCCCUUUUCCCCCUCUUCUCAACACUUUAUCCCUUUCCGUCAAAUGGUGCAAUAGGACAUUUAUUUUUUUGGAAAUGGGUGGGUUAUUUUGUUUUCGGGGAAAGGCUCUGUGCCAUAGAUAUAAAUCCAGUGCAGUCAGUGAGAGGAAUAAGCUGUUGUGAUACUGUCUUUAACUAUGGUAUAAAACAAAACAAAAAAGAAUCACACAAUUAUUGUUAUUGUUGAAGAGAUAGAGAGUAUAACUUACUAAAAGUCAAAGAUAAUUUUUGAAUAGCACUUUUUGGCUCUUUGCUUCCUUGGUGAAGAGUGGGGGUAGUUAUUAUUAUGAGUAUCUCUUUUAUUUCUCUGUAUACAGUUGGAUGUGUGAAAAAAUAUAUAUACCGGUAUUUCCGUAUAUGUGCAUUUAGGUCUGUGUAUGGGUGUGUGUGUAUGUUUUGGCACAUGCAGGUAGUGUGUAAACACAACCAACCUCUUGUUCUUUCUCCACACAGCAACAUUAUCAAUAGUAUAUUUUUCAUUGUAUUCUACAUUCUAUAUUCUACUCUAGAGACCGUAUUUUUAUAGUCACCACGACUAUUUUGUCCGCCAUCUUGACUGUUAUCAAACCCAGUUGAUUCAGGAUAUAUAUGAAAUAUAUAUUCAGGAUAUACAAUAUAUAAAUAUAUAUGAAAACACACAGGUAAUCGAGGACUAUCAAUUCACAUCUCUUUGGGGUUAAGGCUGUAAAGUGUCCAUCUGCAUGCAUGUGCAAUCGCAUGCACGCGUGCACACACCCACAGACAUAUGUGCAUACACACAUAUGUAUGCGUGUACACUGUAUGAUUGUGCUUAAAAAUAAACUGUCCUUACUUUGGAGAAGGAAUUUUAGGAUGAGCGAGGUGAGUGUUAUCUCAUAAGCAGGCAUGUUGACCAUGUGCAAUAUUUCUAAACAACAAAAAACUAAAUAUUGAAAAUAUUAAAGAUCUAACACAAUG